CGCGAGAGUCCGUCGUCGCGGUGUCGGAAGCUGUUCGUCGCUCCGGCCAAGGGGCGGGCUCGCUGCUGACGGCCUCUCCUCCGCUCUCCGCUAGUUUGGUGGCGCAAGAUGGCCGACAUCUCGCUGGACGAGCUCAUCCGGAAGCGCGGGACGACGACCAAGGGACGGCUCAGUGCCAGACCAGGAGUUGGAGGUGUCCGCUCUCGAGUUGGGAUCCAGCAUAGUCUUCUCAGCCAGCCGGCGCGCACGGCCACCUUCCAGCAGAGAUUUGAUGCUCGGCAGAAGAUCGGCCUCUCAGAUGCUCGCCUCAAGCUGGGAGUCAAAGACGCCCGGGAGAAGCUUCUGCAGAAAGAUGCCCGGUUUCGGAUUAAAGGGAAAGUACAGGAUGCCAGAGAGAUGCUGAAUUCACGAAAGCAGCAGAGCACUGUGCCCCAGACGCCCCGCCAGGUGGCUGACGCCCGGGAGAAGAUCAGCUUGAAGAGGAGAUCCCCUGCCACCUUCACAAGCCCACCCAUUGGGACUGUGACCCCUGCUCUGAAACUCACCAAAACUAUCCAGGUUCCACAGCAAAAGGCCAUGGUGCCACUUCAUGCCCAUCGUGCUGGAAUGAGGAUCAAUGUUGUCAAUAACCACCAGGCUAAACAGAACUUAUACGACCUAGAUGAAGAUGAUGACAUUACAACACCUGUUCCUACUAAACAGAUGAAGUUUGCAGCCACGGGCAACUUGGUCCACCACAUGACUGGACUGAGCAGCUCUAAGCUGUCUGUAUCCAAGGCCCUUCCUCUCACAAAAGUGGUUCAGAAUGAUGCCUACACCGCUCCUGUUCUCCCCUCCUCUGUUCGAACCAAAGCCUUGACCAACAUGUCUCGGACACUGGUGAACAAAGAGGAGCCUCCCAAAGAGCUGCCACCUUCUGAGCCUGUGCUCAGCCCCUUGGAAGGCACCAAGAUGACUGUGAAUAACCUGCACCCUCGUGUCACAGAGGAAGACAUUGUUGAGCUUUUCUGUGUGUGUGGAGCCCUUAAGCGAGCUCGGCUGGUCCAUCCUGGGGUAGCAGAGGUUGUGUUCGUGAAGAAGGAUGAUGCCAUCACUGCUUAUAAGAAAUAUAAUAACCGAUGUCUGGAUGGGCAACCCAUGAAGUGCAACCUUCACAUGAAUGGGAAUGUCAUCACCUCAGACCAACCCAUCCUGCUGAGGUUGAGUGACAGCCCCUCAGUGAAAAAGGAGAGUGAGCCACCUAGGCGGGGAAACCCUGCCUCUUCUUCCAACCCUCCUGCUGAAGUGGACCCUGACACCAUUCUCAGAGCGCUUUUCAAGUCGUCGGGGGCCUCUAUGACCACGCAGCCCACAGAAUUCAAAAUCAAACUUUGAGGAGGGGAGCGAGGCAGCCAGAAACAGGGCAGAGGGUGGCUCUGUUUCCUAAGGCAAAGCUUGAGCCCAAUGGGCCGUUGGACUGAAGCCCCCUGAGCAAGGAAAGGCACCAGGGAGAGCUUCCUCACUGGACGGGACCCACUUUUCUCUGUUCUACACUUUGCCCUCUGUGUAAAGUUGUAUUUCUGUAGUGUUUGCUCUUUCCUCCACUCAUCACCAAGGUAGGAUGUGUUUGUUGGUGUGCCUCCCCUACCCUUGGCCCCAAGCUGAUUUCUUCCCUAGAAAUGGUGCAUUGUUUCCCUGGGUGGCCUUCUUGUGGCCUCAUGGGACACAGGACAC